UCUUCAAGACCGUUUCUUUCCGCUGGACCUGAACUGGACUUCACUUACCCAACGCGCUCCAGCAGGAACCCAAAGACUUCUCUCGCGCGUCACCAUUUCCAAGAGAUUUCCUUUACAUAUUUUCCUCCUCGAACGAGAAUUUAAGACAUGAGCUCUUUUCCUCCGUGUGUCUGAAUGACGCAAGACUUCGAUAAGGUGAAGACCUUUUUGGGGGGACCGCUUGAGGUUUUGCGCACAACAGUCAAGUCACCGGAAGAUCACUCGAGGUUUUGCGCACAACAGUUUGAUCUCCGGAGAAUCUCGAUGGUGAAUUAUAAAUAGCGUCUGCUCUCAGUUUUGUGAUCUAUGACCAACCCAAAGAUGUUUUCCCACGAAAUUUUCAUCUGCGCCUUGGCUGUUGCGUGUCUCUUGGAGAUCCCAAGAGGGACCGCCGCGGCGUCCUGCGAGGCCAUCCGCAUCCCCAUGUGCAGAUCCAUGCCGUGGAACAUGACCAAAAUGCCCAACCAUCUCCAUCACAGCACUCAGGCCAACGCCGUGCUCGCCAUCGAGCAGUUUGAAGGGCUUUUGGGCACCCAGUGCAGCCCGGACCUGCUAUUCUUCCUCUGCGCCAUGUACGCGCCCAUAUGCACCAUCGACUUCCAGCACGACCCCAUCAAGCCGUGCAAGUCGGUCUGCGAACGGGCCAAGUGCGGCUGUGAGCCGGUCAUGAAGAGAUACAACCACACGUGGCCGGAGAGCCUGGCCUGUGAGGAGCUACCCGUGUAUGACCGAGGAGUCUGCAUCUCACCUGAAGCAAUAGUCAAAGCCGAGGGACCAGAUAAUCCUUACUAUCAAGACCCCUCGAAAUGUAACCCUGAGGGAAACCCAGACUUCCCCAUGGAUUCACACAAUGGGAACUGUAAAGGAGCUAAUGAUCGUUGUAAAUGCAAGUCUGUAAGGCUCGGCCAAAAAACAUAUGAAAGGAACAAUUACAAUUACGUCAUCCGAGCGAGGGUGAAAGAAAUAAAAACUCGAAACCACGAUCUGAGUGCCAUCGUCGAGGUCAAGGAUGUUCUGAAGUCAUCUCUGGUCAACAUUCCUCGAGACACAGUAACUCUUUAUUACAACUCGGUCUGUCCGUGUCCUCCACUAGCACUCAAUGAAGAAUAUAUUAUCAUGGGUUAUGAGAACGAGGAAAGGUCCAGAUUGCUGCUCAUUGACGGAUCCAUUGCACAGAAGUGGAAAGACAAAAUGGGCCGUAAGGUGAAGCGCUGGGAGCAGACCAGGGCAGUCAAGGCCAACAAGAGACAAAGCCACAAAUAAGCGCCAUCACGUAAACAAGCCCAGGGAGGAGAAGAGCUUCACCAAACUGAAAAAUUGCACUAUUGUACUUUUUUUUUUAAAUGUUUGCCGGAGACUAAAUGUUUUUUGCUUUGUUUUUAUAGUUAUUAUUCGCCUAAACAAAAUGUUGCCUUUGCACAGACAAAAUGUUUCCUUGUGUAUAGUUGUGUAUAGUUUGGGAAGGGUGUCGAGGGGCGGUCACUCGGUCAGUGAUUGCCGACGGCAGUGGGAAGGUAUGAGAAAGCAUAAUAUUUUUGGGGAGCGUUUCUGAGAUGCCCGUGUGCUUUAAGCUCUGCGUGUAUAAAGAAACAAGCCGCUCUCAUUACAAACUGCAGCUGCGGUGAAUUGUUUCCCCUCUGGAGGAUUAAACAUUCUUUGAAAGAACAAUGAACAGUUUGGGGGCAGAGAAUCCUUUGGCAGAAAUCACAGAGACAGCCAAGAUUAGAGGCGUAACAUUAUCGUGGACGACGAAAACAAGCCCUUGGGCUUUCUGAAUGAUGUUCAUUUAAGAAAAAAAAACAUGCAUUUGAUAUGUCUAUGGUUUGGUUCUUUUACCCUGCAUUAUAUAUGUUCUAUUAAUUGAAACAGCUUUUAUUGAUACAAACUAAAUAUCACAUUCUGUACACAGUCUAUAACCCAGUUUACAGCCUUUAUUAAACACACCUGGCUGGUGGCAUGGCCAUGUUAUGUUUGUAUGCAUUGUAAAUGACAUCGGUUAUGCAAAUAGACACGUUGUCUUCCCAGACAAACAAGCAAACAUUACUGUAUUUUGGUUUAAGUAAAGAUGUUUAAUCUAA